CUUCUAGCCAAGAUACGGGUUCUUGACCUAAACACAAAAACAGCAAGAAUGACUACUGAAUUGCCGAGUGAGGAGAAGAUCUCCAUGGAGAAUUUUGCGUUGUUGCGGGUACUUGGCAAGGGUGCAUAUGGGAAGGUUUUUCUCGUUCGUAAAAUAGGAGGCAAAGACCAUGGACAGGUCUAUGCGAUGAAAGUGCUAAGAAAAAUGAGGGUUUUAUCAAAGCCUAAAACUCUGGAGCACACGUUAGCUGAACGUCAAGUGUUAGAGAGAUUACGAGGCGUGCCGUUCCUUGUCAACCUUUAUUAUGCGUUUCAAACCGACACGAAACUGCAUAUAGUCAUGGAAUAUGUACGAGGUGGAGAAUUGUUCACUCAUCUAUGUAGCCGGGGUAGCUUUGAUGUUGCAGCAGCCAAGUUUAUAAUUGCUGAAUUGGUUGUUGCUAUUGACAAUCUUCAUCAGCGCAAGGUCAUCUAUCGUGAUUUGAAGCUCGAGAAUAUUUUAUUGGAUGAGCAAGGUCACGUUAAAUUGACUGAUUUCGGACUCAGUAAACUGCUAGUGCCUGAGGAAUUGGAUCGGGCAAAUUCAUACUGCGGAACUAUUGAAUACAUGUCACCCGAGGUGAUCAAUCGACCAGAAGGAGGAUAUUCUGAUGUUGUAGACUGGUGGUCAAUGGGUGUAAUUUCCUUUGAACUGCUCACCGGUUGCAGUCCCUUCACAGUCGAUGGCGCCGCUAAUUCAAGCAAGGAGAUUGCCAAGAGAAUAAUAACGAAAAAGGUUCCCUUUCCAAAAAAUAUGGACCCAGACGCACGUGAUUUCAUUGGGGCUUUACUUGAAAAGAAACUGGAGAAACGGCUCGGAUACAAUGGUGUCGAAGAGAUUAAAAACCACCGAUUCCUUCGAGACCUCGACUGGGAUAAGGUAGCCAAACGUCAACUCACUCCCUUCAUCGUGCCAAACGUUACACAUGAGCUUGAUGUUCAAAACUUUGCCACUGAGUUCACUAAUCAACAGCCUCUGUAUUCACCAGCCGAGUCUCCAGUCAACGGGAACACACUGUUUAGGGGUUACUCAUACAUCUCGCCAUCGGUUAUAUUUGCCAACAACAACAUCAUCGGAGAGGAAUUGAUGCAAGAAGACAUUCAAGCACUGCUUGCUAACUCAUCGUUUUUCGGGAAAUACAAGUUGGACACAACAGAAAAAGGAUUUUUGGGUAGAGGAUCAUUUUCUGUAGUCAGGCGAUGCGAGCGUAUAGAGGACGGAGCUCUCUUUGCGGUUAAAAUCGUUUCUCAAAGGUUUGCUACACAAGCACAGCGAGAGGCUAGAAUUCUUGAUAUUGUUAAAGGCCACGUUAAUAUUGUGCGGCUGAUCGAUGUUCAUUCUGAUCCGUUGCACUUUUACAUUGUUAUGGAAUUGCUUACGGGGCAAGAAUUGUUGCAGCGAUUGAGAAAACUUGAAAAGUUCACGGAGGCAAAAGCUGCCGACAUUAUGCGUCAAUUGGUCUCUGCAGUUGGUUUUUUGCAUGCAAAACGAAUUGUUCACAGAGAUUUGAAGCCGGAGAACAUCCUGUUCGAAAGCGAAGAUUCAAAUGCUCGUCUACGUCUGGUCGAUUUUGGUUUUGCGCGAUUGUUACCAGCAUGCGUUGAGCAGCAGCUGAAGACCCCUUGCUUCACCUUACAGUAUGCCGCACCAGAGGUAUUGGACCUUGGUGACACCCUGCCGGAAUACAAUGAACAGUGCGACUUGUGGUCUCUCGGUGUUAUUUUGUACACCAUGCUGUCCGGACAAGUUCCGUUCCAUGCUCGAUCUAAAACGGAGUCAGCCACGGAAAUUAUGCAGCGAAUAAGAAAGGCAGAAUUUUCAUUCGACGGCGAAGGGUGGAAAGCCGUGUCUACAGAGGCGAAACAGCUUAUAAACGGGUUAUUAACGGUGGAUCCAAAAAAGCGAUUAUCUAUGCAAGAGCUAUCCAGACAUGCAUGGCUGAAUUCAUCUUCUUCGUUAGAGACUCCGUUACAAACGCCCAACGUUUUGCCUUCCUUUGCCGGCGAAACAUUCAACGAAACCUUACAAGCGUUCUUGACUGCGAAUCGUGAUGGAUUCCAUCUGAUGGACGUUGAAGCGGCACCCUUGAUGAAGAGGCGUGGUUUAAAAAGGCAAAGUGCAGAGAAGGAGGCUAACGAUAAAGCUUCCAAGAGAAAAGCAGCGUUCGAGACUGUUCCCGAAGAGCAUUCAGCUUCCACGCCUACAGCAAAUCGCCCCAACAGUUUGGGGAUGAUUUCAUCGGAUUCGAUGAUGAACUAUCGUGUCCCAGCAGCGGGAACAAUCCGUGAAACUCGUGGAUCUGAUUCGUCGUGA